UUAAUGGCGAAAUUCAAUAUUAAAAUUUUUUGUUAGAUUGCUUAAUUUUACAAUAAAUGUGAUAAUUAUGGGAAUAAUCUUAAUUUGUCUUUAUAACUUUAUAUCUUAUUACUAAAAUGACUAAUAACUAUAAACAAAAAUUGUAGGCAAAAUAAUGAAUUUAUAAUAUUAGAGAAUAAUGAUCAAAAUGAAGAAUUUACAUGAUCAAACACUAUUGUAUCGAUCUGAAAUAUUGUGUUAUUUCAUUAUUUGGACAUCGGGCAUAUUGUAUGUGUUAUUUAUACUUUUAGAAAUUAGUUCUAACUUAAAAACAUCAGAAAUUCCAGAUUUAGUUGUAGGAUGGGCAUGGCUUGGCCGAAAAAAAGAUAACUCGUGCCAUGAGUGGAGAAUAUGGAUUACAUUUAUUCUUUAUUCAUUAUCUCCAUGGAUUAUUUUACAUUCAGUUGUAUUAUUUUUAAUAAAAUUAUUUUAUAAUAAGGUAAUUAAAUUACAAGAAUAUUGGUUGAUAAUAGUGACAAUCCUUUGCUUACACACAAAUUUUGGACUAUUACCAGUUCUUUUAUGUGCUGGUAUGACUUUAAUUUAUUACUUUUUAAUGUUUACCAACAAUAAAUUAAUAAUAUGGACUACAAGUAUACUUCUUUUAGGAUUUUGGUGUAAUAAUGAUUACUUAUUUGAGUAUUUUGAUCCAAAUUUAAAUGAAGAAAUGUCAUACUUACUAUUAUUAACGGUUUACUGGCAUAAUCUGCGCUGUUUAAGUUUUGUAUUAAGUUUUAUAAAUUUAUCUAACAAAACUGAGUCUAAUUACACUCAUUUUUUGGCAUAUUCAUUUUACUUGCCAUGUUUUUUUUUUGGACCAAUUAUGAUUUAUGAAAAGUUAAUUCCUGCAUCUAAGAAUAAUGACCAUGUAAAGACUUUCAAAAAACGUUCAGUAACAUUGAUAAUAAAAGUAAUGAGAUGUUUAUUUUGGAUGCUCGUUGUUGAAUUUGUUUUGCACUUUAUUUAUAUUAACGUUUUUCUACAAAAUAUCAAAGUAUUGAAAAAAUUUGGAAUAAUUGCACUUAGUGGAUUUGGUUUUACUAUGGGACAAUUUUUUUUUAUUAAGUAUACAGUUGUAUAUGGUUUAGCAAUUGCAAUUGCUGAAUUUGAUGAAUAUAUUGAACCUCCUAAACCUCCAAAAUGUAUUUCAAGGAUUCAUUUAUAUUCUGAUAUGUGGAGAAGUUUUGAUGAGGGUCUUUACAAAUUCUUAAAGACUUAUAUAUACAUACCAUCAGGAGAUAUUUCUGGAAAUGUAGGACUUUUAACGAAAAUAUACAGAUCAUUUUUAUGCUUUGCAUUUGUGUUUAUUUGGCACGGUUUAUCAUGGGAAGUAUUUCUAUGGACUACAUUUAAUUACAUAGGAAUAACUAUUGAAACAUUAGCGAAGUACAUUGGAAAAACACAAGUUUACAUUAAAUACGUUAAAGGUAAUCUUCAAAGACGUAACGAAAAGCGAUUAUUAGCUCUGUUAACAAGUCCUUUAACUAUGAUGUCAGCAAUUUCUAAUUUUUUCUUUUUCGGUGGCAUAGAUGCAGGAAUGAGUUUUUUUGAAGUAAUAUUUUUACAAAAUACUUGGAUUCAAAACUCGAUUAUUAUCAUUAUUUUUUAUUGUAUGUGUAAUAUAUCCAUGGAAUUUGAAGAUUAUAGAAAAGCAAAACAGUUCUAAGAUUAUUUUCAUAUUGCAGUAAAAAUAUUUAUAAUGUGUAUUAAUUUACAAUAAAUAUGUUAUUUUAUGGUAAAUGUUCCAAUUUUUAACUACAUAAUUAGAUAAAAGUAUUAUGACAUUAGAAAUUAAUUAAAAUAAUUGUAAUGACAUAGUAUUAGUAAAAAUAAGUUUAUGAUGAGCUAACUAAAGUAACAUUUGAUACUUGAGUUAUUGAUUUUAAACUUCAAUGAAAGUAUUAAUUUAAUUUAAUUGAUUGUUUCCUUAUUAUAAUAAAUUACUAUUUUUAUUUUUCUAAGUAAAAAUUUGUUUAUUUUUUAUUUAUAUUUCAUUUGUUUCAAAAAAAAACUCUUCAUUUAGUUGCGUUUUGUCAUCAAUUUGUGAUAAAUUAACCUACACUCUUAAAAAAAUGUUUGAAUUUUCACAUACUACUACUGUAAGUUUUAUACACAUAUAAUGUAAGGAUAAAUUUUGACAGUGAUCAAAAUGUUAUAUUUGUGUACGAAUUUUCGAUUAUGUCAAACUUACAU